UUACAUACUCAUUACUCUUUGAAUACAGCAAAAAGCAAAACAUAACCUAUAAAAAACUACUUAGAGCAUAUUAUUAUUAUUUAUUAUUAAAUUAUUAAUUUAAAACUAGUUCAAAACUAAUCCUUAUAUCGUUAAUAAAAUGAAUCAAGCUGAUGUAACAAAAUUAGUGUCUAAAUUGCGAAUAAAGGUACCGGAUAAGCAUAGAAAAUUAAGAACUCCGAAAGGGCCUGAAGGAAGGCUAGAUAAAUUAAGAAAAACUGUUACUGGCUUGAUUAAAUACGAAAGAAUUGAGUUAAAUCUACACAGAGCUGAUGAAGCACGCCAAUAUGCUGAAAGGCUCAUAUCGGAAGCAAUCAUGCAUGGUGACUGCCACAAACCAACAAUGGAUAUUGCAGACUACUGGUUGCUUGAAAAAGAACUGAUACACAAAUUAUUUAAAGUCCUUGUGCCAAGAUUUGAAAAUUGUAAUACAGCUUUUACAAAAAUGUUUAAAGCACCAAAGCCAAGUUACGGAAGGAAUAUUGAUAAGGCUAUUUUGGAAUUAAGAGGUAAUCCAUAUCCAUCAUUGACAAACAAGCAGUCAAACAAUAGACAGCUUCUCCAAAAUGUUUUGCUAGAUGCCGCAAAAUAUGAAUACAGACAAGCAAAGUAUGCUGAAAUGGCUGACAAAAUUGGUAAAAAUGAAGUUACACAGCCAAAAAGUGAGGAUUUAUCUAAAAGUAAGCCUGCCACUGAGCUUUAAAAUGUUAGUUUUGAUUAUUAUUAGUUCGUAAAAUGCAACAAUAUUAGCGAAAUAAAUUUAAGUAGCCAUAACA